CAUUGGGAUUGAUUCUCCUCAAAUCAGAUCUCAAUGAAGGUCCACCAGGACCAACUGGAGGAGCCGGCGCGACCGGAGCUACUGGAGCGACAGGCCCGACCGGAGCUACUGGAGCGAUAGGCGCGACCGGAGCUACUGGAGCGACAGGGUCAACCGGACCAACGGGACCAACGGGACCAACAGGCGCAACAGGACCAACAGGUGUAACCGGACCAACAGGACCAACAGCCGCUACAGGACCAACAGGACCAACAGGCGCAACAGGACCAACGGGACCAACGGGACCAACAGGACCAACGGGCCAAACGGGCCAUACAGGAGCCACCGGUCCCCCUGGAUUUAGAGGUGGUAGUGGAGGUGGAGGUGGCUAG